CAGCUUCAACACACAUAAUCGCAGAAACGUUUCUCUCAUACACCUAAAGAUUCAUUUUCGUACAGGGGGAAAAAAUGGAGCUUGAGGAACAGAAGAAGUUCUUCCAUGGAACACUCGAGAUUACAAUCUUCGACGCAACACCUUUCUCUCCUACAUUUCCUUUCCAUGUACGUAUUAUGUUGUUAAAGAUGACGUGUAUAUGUACGAAGCCAAGACCAGCUUACGUGACCAUUAAGCUAAACAAGAAGAAAGUUGCUAAAACAAGCUCAGAACUCGACCGUGUCUGGAACCAGACAUUUCAGAUCCUCUGCGCACAUCCUGUUUCCGACACCACCAUCACAAUCACGCUCAAGACUCACUGUUCCGUUCUCGGAAGAUUCCGAAUCUCUGCUGAACAGAUUCUGACUUCUAAUACAGCCAUUGUCAACGGGUGUUUUCCUCUGACUACAAAUAACGGAUCUAAGAAACCUAACUUGAAGCUCAAGUGUAUGAUGUGGUUCAGACCAGCUUAUCUAGAACCGGGAUGGUGCAAAACGUUCGAAGGAGAGCCUUUUCAAGGUAUUAAGAACGCUAGCUUCCCGCAACGAUCGAACUGCAGAGUUGUAUUGUAUCAAGACGCGCACCAUAAAGCCACGUUUGAUCCUAGGGUUCAUGAUGUUCCUUGUAAUGCAAGAAACCUAUGGGAAGAUGUUUAUAAAGCGAUUGAUUGCGCUAGGCAUUUAGUUUACAUCGCAGGAUGGGCAUUAAACCCUAACCUCGUUCUCGUACGUGAUGAAGAGACAGAGAUUCCACACGCAGUGGGGGUAACGAUCGGUGAGCUUCUGAAACGCAAAGCACACGAAGGCGUAGCGGUGAGAGUAAUGGUGUGGAACGACGAGUCGUCUCUACCGAUGAUCAAGAACAAAGGUGUAAUGCGAACAAACGACCAAACAGCUCUUUCUUACUUCAGAGACACAAGUGUUGUUUGUAGAUUGUGUCCAAGAUCGCACAAGAAGCUCCCUACGGCUUUCGCACACCACCAAAAGACCAUCACAGUGGACACACGUGUAACGAAUACAAACACAAAAGAGCGAGAGAUCAUGAGCUUCCUCGGCGGUUUUGACCUCUGCGAUGGUCGUUACGACACAGAGGAGCAUUCUCUGUUCCGUACACUCGGGACAAGCGAUGAUUUUUAUCAAACAAGCCUUGCUGGAGCUAAGCUAAGCAGAGGCGGACCAAGAGAGCCGUGGCACGAUUGUCACGUGUGUGUGGUCGGGGCUGCAGCUUGGGAUGUUUUGAAGAAUUUCGAACAGAGAUGGACGAAACAGUGUAACCCUUCUGUGUUGGUUAACACCUCAGGGAUAAGAAACUUAGUAAACAGUGCAACCACUGAAGAAGAUGACAGGAACUGGAAUGUCCAAGUCCUGAGAUCGAUAGAUCACGUGUCGGCAACGGAGAUGCCUAGAGGCUUACAGGUCGAGAGGAGCGUACACGACGGUUACGUCGCGGCGAUUCGAAAAGCAGAGAGGUUUAUAUACAUUGAGAAUCAGUAUUUUAUGGGAGGCUGCGAGCAUUGGGAGGGGAAGAACGGAAGCGGAUGCACAAACUUGAUACCCGUUGAAAUAGCUUUAAAGAUUGCGGCUAAAAUACGCGAGAAGGAGAGGUUUGCCGUGUAUAUAGUGAUACCAAUGUGGCCUGAAGGGCCACCGGAGAGCGAAACGGUCGAAGAGAUGCUUCAUUGGACGAGAGAGACAAUGACAAUGAUGUAUAAGAUCAUAGGAGAGGCGAUAUGGGAAGUUGGAGACGGGUCGCAUCCAAGGGAUUACUUAAACUUCUUCUGUCUCGCAAACAGAGAAGAGAAGAGAGAAGGAGAGUAUGAAGCAGCUUCGUCUCCGCAUCCCAAAACACAGUACUGGAACGCACAGAGGAACCGGAGAUUCAUGGUCUAUGUCCACUCCAAGAUCAUGAUAGUGGACGACGCAUACGUUUUAAUAGGAUCAGCCAACAUAAACCAGAGAUCAAUGGACGGUUGCCGUGACACGGAGAUUGCAAUAGGUUGCUACCAAACAGAUACAACUAAGACCAAUGAAAUUAGAGCUUACCGGUUGUCGCUCUGGUACGAGCAUACAGGUGGCAAGAUCACAGUGGAUGAGUUAUCUUUCUCGGAGCCAGAGAGUCUUGAAUGCGUCCGAGGGUUGCUGACAAUUGGGGAACAAAUGUGGGAUAUUUACAGCGGUGAGAAGGUAGUGGACAUGAACGGUGUACACUUGGUUGUGUACCCCAUUAGUGUGACGACAGAUGGUGCGGUUGAGAAAAUCGGCGACGGAGUUUUUCCUGAUACCAAGACGUUGGUGCGAGGGAAAAGAUCCAAGAUGUUGCCUACGGUUCUAACAACAUGAAAGAAAAUGUCAGAAUCAGAAUCAUGACUUGCAAUGUAUAUGUAUUUCAACUUGUUUAUUAUGAUAAUAAAACGAAUAUAGAUGUUGACUAUGUAAAGAUGAUUAUAACGCACUUACUGGUUUCUAUUAUGACCGUUUUGGUUCCU